UCCACAUUUAUUUAACCAAUCUCACUCUCGCGCUAACCAAUAAACCCUAACUCUCUCUCUCCUCUCACUCUUUCUCUCUCUAAAAACCCUAACAAUGGCGCCGUCGGAGAUUGUCGAAGACGGGUUCGCGUCGACGCGUCUGUUCAACCAAGGCUACUCCUACACCUACGACGACGUGAUUUUCCUCCCGCACUACAUCGACUUCUCCACCGACGAUGUCUCUCUCUCCACCAACCUCACGCGCCGCCUCCCUCUCUACACUCCGAUCGUCUCUUCUCCGAUGGACACCGUCACCGAGUCCGCCAUGGCCGCCGCCGUGGCCUCGCUCGGCGGCAUCGGAAUCAUCCACCCCAACCUCUCCGCCCAGGUCCAAGCCGCCAUGGUCCGCUCCGUCAAGUCUCGCCGCGUCCCUUUCCUCUCUUCCCCUACUUUCCUCUCUCCCUCGCAUCGCAUUUCGUCCCUCGACGACUUCGACGCUUCGUCUCCGUACGUUUUGGUCACCGAAUCGGGCUCCCCGAGGUCGAAGUUCGUCGGCUACGUGUCGAAGUCCGAUUGGCUGAAUCUCGAAGACGAAAGAAAAGGUUCGGAGGUGAAAUCGUAUAUGAAGACCUCGAACGAUAUCGUUGUUCCGUGGAAUCAAAGUUUGGAUCAGAUUGAAUCGUUUUUCAAAGAGAAAGACUCGGAUUUGGGGGUUUUGGUGAGGGGAAAUGCUGACGUGGCGGCGGAGAGCGAGGUGGUGGAUGUGGUGAUGAAGGAGGAUGUGGAGAGAGUGAGAGGGAAUCCGAGAUUGGGGUUGGGGGGAACGGUGGGGCCCGACGGAGGGUGGCGGGUCGGGGCAGCAAUCGGGACGAGGGAGAACGAUAAGGAGAGAUUAGAGGGAUUGGUGAAGGAAGGAGUGGACGUGGUGGUGUUGGAUAGUUCACAAGGGAACUCAAUUUAUCAGAUUGAGAUGAUUAAGUAUGUGAAGAGAGUGUAUCCGGAGCUUGAUGUGAUUGGGGGGAAUGUAGUGACGGCUGCGCAGGCAGAGAAUUUGAUUAAGGCGGGUGUCGAUGGGUUGAGAGUCGGGAUGGGGUCCGGGUCUAUUUGUACUACGCAGGAGGUUUGCGCUGUGGGGCGCGGGCAGGCUACUGCUGUUUACAAGGUUGCUUCUAUUGCUUCAAAGUACGGUGUGCCUGUCAUUGCCGAUGGUGGAAUUUCGAAUUCUGGACAUAUUGUCAAGGCUUUGGUCCUAGGGGCAUCUACUGUAAUGAUGGGAAGCUUUUUAGCGGGAAGUGAGGAGGCUCCUGGGUCUUAUGAAUAUCAGAAUGGUCGACGGGUCAAAAAAUACAGAGGUAUGGGAUCCCUAGAAGCUAUGACUAAAGGGAGUGAUCAAAGGUAUUUGGGUGAUACAACCAAGCUAAAAAUUGCUCAGGGCGUUGUUGGAGCAGUUGCAGAUAAAGGUUCUGUUCUGAAGUUUGUACCUUACACUAUGCAAGCAGUAAAGCAGGGGUUCCAAGAUCUUGGUGCUUCCUCUCUGAAGUCUGCUCAUGAUCUCUUAAGAGGAGGGGUAUUAAGGCUAGAGGUCCGGACAGGAGCUGCGCAAGUUGAAGGUGGUGUCCAUGGCCUAGUUUCUUAUGAAAAGAAACCAUUUUGAUAUUAGACUCCCUUAUGCUUAUGUUAUUGUUGCCGUGGCUGUGUUCUGGCCGGAAAUUGUCUUUGUGGUUCACCCUGCAGCGGAAUUGCUAAUUUAUAAUGAGCAACAUUCGGGUUAACCAGACUGGCUAUCUGUUAUAUGAAGUAGUUGAUCAUUCUCCCCUGGAGGCAUCUGAAGAGAAGCACCAAAUUUUUGUUGUUGAGCAUGAUAUCUUCAAUCUGCCUUUAUUCCAUUGACAAUCAUGUGUGAGAGGAUGAUAUAUGAAUUAUUAUAGCUUUUUAUUACCUUUUUUUUAUUAAAAAAAAUAAAAAUAAAAUGUUAUCAAGCAUUAGUGAAUUUUAAUGAAUGCUCAAUAGACUAGCAACGUUUUAAGUUUA